AUGAAACGAAUUAAUAUACUACCAGAAACAACGCAUAUACCAGUCGUCAAUCAUAAACGACGCCGAUUAUGGAUGAUAUUCAGUAUUAUUGUAGGUAUAUCAAGUUUGAUCACAAUCGUUAUUAUAACAAAAAUCAUUCUGAGAAAACAAAAAACGACAACAACAGAGUCAACUCUGAUUUCGUUAUUUACUAUAACAACGACUUCAGCAAUGACCGAGUUUCGUAGAUUCAAACGAAAUAAUGAAACAAUCUAUGCUAUAUGGAAUACAACUGCUAGUGGCAACAGUACACCAUCUUUACCAGGAGAGGAAAUAGGUACUUACUAUCCCAGCGAACCGCCCGAAGCGGUAUUUGAUGGGAAUUUAAAUACAAUAUAUACCAAUCAUGGUAUUUGUAGUGCACAUACUAUUGAGUUAUCAAAGUUGUGUGGCGUUAAUACUGGUCUCUAUUUUACUAUGAAUAGUAAACUGUUCGUCUUAAAGAGGUUUUACAUAGCUGUAAGACGUCAUUCUCUACAACGUGACCCACUGACAAUCACGAUCGAAGGUAGUAAUAACAAAAUAUCUGACUUAGCUUUUGGAUACAGUUGGACUUUGAUCUAUAAUGGUGAUUCAGGUCUCAUGGAAAAUCAAUGGGAAGUUUCUCAUUAUGAAGAAAUGGAAGUCAAUAAUUCGUCUCCAUUUCGAAGCUAUCGUUUUCUUGUUAGUUCAAUAAGAGAAAAAUCGACUUCUGUCUCUUAUGCUGAAUUCGUAAUGAUCGGGCAAUACAUAGAUUAA